AUGGCAUUGCCCGCGAAGCUUGCCUGCUUUGAUCCGCACUUCACCUGGGUUCGCUGCUGCGCACCUCCAUUUGGUCCGUUUGGCAAUGUGAACUGCUGGUCUGAAGGUUAUGACUAUGACACCUGCUGCAAGCUGACCUUUUCGAACCAGAAUGACGCAGACAUCCCGUACCUCUUCACGGAGAUCUUGCGGGCAGAAUUUCGGCCACCAGGGAAGAACUAUUCCUUGGAUUUGCAGCUGCAUCAACGUGCAGCACAGCUGGGGACACCUGCGUCUAGCCUGAUGGACAGAUUUGGCAGCAGCUGGCCGGCAGGCUUGCUAUGGACAGGCAGCUAUCAGUUGCUAAGGUGGUACGAAUGUUCGGCAGAUCUGAGCCGUUCCAUGUGGUCCCGGCGAGAGUACAUCGAGUUUGGUGCAGGCAUCGGUGCCAGCGGCAUCGCGGCAGCCUUCAACGGGGCCUUUGUCACCUUAGUCGAUGCCUUCGUCACCGAGGAGCUCCUGCAAAACCUGCAGGUCAAUCUUCCUUCAGCCCUUCGCUCACGAGUAGCGAUUUGCCAGAUGAAUUGGACACAGCCGCUGCAACGAAACCUGGUGCAGCUGCAGAGGUGUGUGGCACCGCGCGUGCCGCGUUUGAAAGAAUUGAAGUUCGAUCUCAUUGGCUGCGGCACGUCAAUUUAUGGUCAAAGCCACAUGAUGCCGCUGAUACAUGCCAUCAGCAAACCGAGGACGCGGGUCUUCAUUGCGCCUUCCGUAUCCUUCCAAAGGUUCAUGGCACGUUGGGGACGUCCGACCUCGCGGUACUUCCAGAAGCUGGUGGUGCGAAAAGAUUUGGGGCUCACCACCGUGCACAGGCAUUCCUCGAGCUUCUCAGACAAGACACCCACCGUGGAGCUGCGCCUGGUUGUGGCCGACUCCUUUGGCGCGUGGAGCCAUGCCUGUGCCGUGGCCAAGUUCCUGCGCCUGGCGGGGCGGAGCUCUCAGGUGCCUGAGCUCGCCAUUGGCCCACAGCGUGUGGGCCGCACGGUGAUGGAGACCUGGGCAACAGCUCAGGAUUUGAAGGCCUUCCCCGGACAGGUGCGCUCUGAUGCUCCACAGGCCAUCAUUGAACAAGUCCAGGCUGCAGCCAGAGAUGACGUGCCACUCCAGAUCUUGGUUCUUUCCCCGAGCUUCGCACUAGCUGCAGCCCUGCGCGAGGCUCCCUGGAUUGCUCAAAAGGCACAGAUCACUGCCAUGGGAGGGAGUCUUUGGCAUGGCACCAAUGGAACUGGGCCACCCCUUGCGGAAUGGAGUGUAAAGGCAGACGUGGCUAGCAGUCUGGAAGUCUAUCCGCACGUCUCAAGGCUAUGUCCAUUGGAUGUUGCCGGAACUGCUCAGAUCGAUGGCGCUGAAUUUCAGGAGUUGCUCAACUGUCAAGGGCAAGUGCCCGUCGUGAAAGCGCUCCUUGAGAUGUUGCCCAGUCGCACUUUCGGUGAUUGCUACUUUAUCUCAUGACUGUAAUUAUUGCACAUCACGCAAGUUGUAGUUUCCUAGACAAAUAGGCUCAGGACUCAGAACAGAAGUGACCAUUUUUCAUCACCAGUUAUCACAGAUGAUAUACGUGGACAUGUAAUUCCCUUUCAAGCAGGACAUUUGCUCAUAGUAGCUUCUUGUUACUAGUAAGGAUGCUCCUAGUAGUACGGCCAGGAGCCCCUAGUAGUGUCCAACGAUGCCAGGAGCCCCCAGUAGUUUCUUGUUCCUAAUAGUAAGGCCAGGAGCCCCUAGUAGAGUCCUUGCUCCUAGUAGCGGUGCCCUUUGCUCCUAGUAUUAACACAGACUUUCGGCCGAUUUCGGCUGCCAGGUACUGGGCUUGGUUGCCACGAUGUCCAUGGCGCAGUCCGCUGGAUGGGCCGAAGGGGCCGGCGGAUCACGCGAGGUCCUCCGUGAUCUACGACUUGGCGGCGGCCACGAUGCUGCCGGUCUAUUCGAGCGAGUUCAUGGAGCUUCGCGAGGUGAAUCUCACCAUCGACUCACAAGGCUUCACACACCCAGACGGACGGGGUGGAUGGCCAAUGGUGGCAGGGGUCUCCUGGCGGCGGCAGAUGGAGUGGGAGAAGACGGUGGUGCAACUGUUAUGCACUCGAGGUGCUGCAGCCAAAGUGAUCCUUUGAUCCUCAAAGCAUGGCUGAUUGCUUCGCGUC